AUGCAGAUCAUCAGAGGACACGAUUUUCGAGAGAGUUGCGGGGAUAGCUUAGCCUGUGAAAAGAGUAUUCUAAUAGGAGAGAGAGGGAUGGGGUCACCAAGAAAAACCCUUGGGGAAAAGCUGGACCAAGUGUCGAGGGAUGCUGCUCCCUCGAGAGUCAGAGAAAAGGCUUGUGCUUUAAUUAAGCAGGCUUUUCUGAUUGAAGCGUCAACUGAUGCUAUAUACACAAGUAUGGGAGAAUCUGUAAAGCUCAGGAGGGAUAGCGCCAUGAGCAAGUAUGAUGACGAUAAAUUGAGGCUUGAGUUAGUCAUAACCCCUGGAAUUUGUUACUCUAAUUCGUCGUUUGGUUUGUUUGAUGACGCCAAGAUUAAUUAA